AUGGCUGACACCCACAAUCACACCGGCGCCGGCGGCUUACGGCGGCGUAACAUGCCCUACAACCCCUACCUGAUGGCUGCCGCUGGGCUUGCGGCCAUAGGCGGCGCGUGGUACUUGUACAACAACAGGAGGAAGCCCGAUCAAGCAGCCCGGCCCGGACACCAUAACAAACUGAAACUCCUGUUACCAUUGGGUCGUUCUUUACAAAGAAAUGGCUCUGUUUAUCGACAAAGUAGAUGCUUUUCGGCUCUCCCUAGCUAUACGCAGCCCGAUUAUCUCCAGCACGAAGAGGCUAGUGUUCUGGUGCAAGGCAGAGCUAAUUCGAGGAUGGCCAUUCUAAAUAGACCGUCUGCUCUUAAUGCUAUCACUGCCUCCAUGGCCGCUCGAUUAAACAGAUUAUACGAGUCAUGGGAGGAAAACUCAACUAUAGGAUUUGUCAUGAUGAAGGGGGGUGGUGAAAGGCCAUUCUGCUCUGGCACAGAUGUGGUUGCUCUUUAUCGGCUGCUCAAUGAAGGGAAGACUGAAGAGUGCAAAGCAUUAUUCCAGAGUUUGUACAAGUUUGUCUAUGUUAUGGGAACAUAUCUUAAGCCACAUGUGGCUAUAAUGGAUGGUAUUGUAAUGGGAGGCGGGGCAGGUAUUUCGCUACCCGGGAUGUUUCGCGUUGUAUCUGAUAGAACUGUCUUCUCAACUCCGGAGGUUCAAAUAGGUUUUCAUCCUGAUGCAGGGGCCUCAUAUUAUCUCUCUCGUCUACCUGGCUAUUUAGGUAUAGUUGCAACACAAAUUUUAAGGAUAGAAACAAUCGACUCGUUUUUCUGCUAUGAUACAGUGGAGGAAAUAGUUGAAUCUCUCGAAAAUCAAGCUUCAGAAUCUGGUAAUAUGUGGCUCAAGACUGUGCUUAACAAAAUUAAGGAAGCUUCUCCAUUGAGCUUGAAAGUAACUUUGCAAUCAGUUCGGGAAGGAAGGUUUCAGACUCUCGACCAGUGCCUCACUAGAGAAUACCGAACAUCCCUGAGGUUCAUAUCCAAACACAUCUCAAAUGAUUUUACCGAGGGUGUACGUGCAAGACUGGUCGACAAGGACUUCGCCCCAAAGUGGGGCCCACCCAAGUUGGAGGAUGUAACAGACGACAUGGUUGACUCGUUUUUCUCGCCGUUCGGUGAACACGAACCGGAGUUAAACCUGCCGGUUGCCGUAAGAGAGCCCGAUGUGUGAUGUGGAAAUAAAUUUUUGCUGAUAAUGAAUCUGAAAGUUUUUGUAGCCUCUCAUCAUGUGUGCCCUUAGUUGAGCUAAAAAAGAUGUUCAGCAUCAUUUUUAUUCACUUUACAGUUUUCAGGCAAAGUAUGUAAAAUCUUUUGAAAGUUCAAUAAGGGUUUGUUGCAUUUACACCAAUAGAAUACGAGUUUAGUUGCCUUUGCUUAGAGAAAAAUAACAUGUAUGGUGGCAAAAUAAUGAUUCCAG